AUGAUUACUCCUACCAUGAUUAUGCUGGCGGCAAUCUUCUACAUGCUCCGGGUGCUGCAUGCUCUUCGAGACGAUGAUCGCUUUCCUUUGUGGAACUCGGUUCCUGAGGUUUCCCUCUCGGUAUGGAAGGCCAUUGGCAACCUGAUCCGCUACGGCAGGAUCAAGAAAAAGGUCAGAUUCGACAUGUCGCACCUUGAGCAAUCAACAACGCAGGCAGACUAA